GAGCAGCCGGUCUGCUGUGGGAGUGAGAAUCGCUGGGUCGGCGGCGAGCGCCUGCCGGGGGCUGAGGGGAGCCGCGGCUGUUGCUGCGCGGGCGGGCGGGGGGGCGAUCUCACCCCCGCCCCCCCCCCCCCCCCCCCCCCAUCUCCAGCAGCGGCCAGGGAACCUUUAGCGCAGCCCCGACUGGAGCUUGAGGUGGGGGCUGCGGCGAAGAAGCGGCGCCCCCGCUGAGGGGGAGAAGAGGAACGGCCGCCCCCGCUCCAUGCGCGGCACCCGCUUGCCUCGAUCUGCCCAGGGAAUCCGCGGCCGUGGCCGGCUGCCGCCGCAGCAGCAUGUGGAGCCCGACCGAGGAGGAGAAAUACGGCGUGGUGAUAUGCAGCUUCCGAGGAGCUGUACCGCAAGGCUUGGUCCUGGAACUAGGUGAAACUGUCCAGAUCCUAGAGAAAUGUGAAGGCUGGUACAGAGGUGUUUCCAUUAAGAAGCCCAAUGUGAAGGGGAUUUUUCCUGCAAAUUACAUUCACCUGAAAAAGGCAAUUGUCAGUAACAGGGGGCAAUAUGAAACAGUUGUUCCACUUGAAGAUUCUGUUGUGACUGAAGUCACAGCAACACUGCAGGAAUGGGCUGUGCUCUGGAAACAGCUGUAUGUGAAACAUAAGGUAGAUCUUUUCUACAAACUGCGGCAUGUGAUGAAUGAGCUCAUUGACCUACGUAGACAGCUGCUGUCAGGUCACUUGACACAGGAUCAGGUGCGAGAGGUCAAGAGACACCUCACAGUGAGGCUGGACUGGGGCAAUGAACAUUUGGGCCUGGAUUUAGUUCCUCGGAAGGAUUUUGAGGUUGUGGAUUCAGAUCAGAUCAGUGUUUCAGAUCUUUAUAAAAUGCAUUUGUCAAGUAGACACAGCGUCCAGCAGAGCACAUCACAGGUGGAUACGAUCCGUCAGCGUCACGGGGAAGCUUGCCGUAUGCCAGUGCCUCAUCACUUCUUCCUCAGUCUGAAGAGCUUCACCUACAACACAAUUGGAGAAGACACAGAUGUCUUUUUCUCAUUGUAUGAUGUCCGAGAAGGCAAGCAGAUCAGUGAGAGGUUUAUGGUGAGGUUAAAUAAGAAUGGAGGCCCCAGGAAUCCGGAGAAGAUAGAUCGGAUGUGUGCACUUUUCACGGAUCUCAGCAGCAAGGACAUGAAGAGAGAUUUGUACAUAGUUGCCCAUGUAAUUCGAAUAGGUCGCAUGUUGCUAAAUGACUCAAAAAAAGGACCCCCUCACUUACACUAUCGCCGCCCCUACGGCUGUGCAGUGUUGAGCAUCAUGGAUGUACUUCAGUCAAUCUCAGAAAUAAAAGAAGAGAAGGAUUUUGUUCUCAAAGUUUACACGUGUAACAAUGAAAAUGAAUGGUGCCAGAUCCAUGAAAAUAUUAUUCGCAAGUCCAGCACCAAAUACACAGCCCCCAGCUCAAACUACGGACUUAUAAUAUCUCUUCAGCUUCUUCGUGGUGACAUGGAGCAGAUUCGAAGGGAAAACCCCAUGAUCUUUAACAGAGGUGUUUCUGUUACCAGGAAGCUGGGGUUUCCUGAUGUCAUAAUGCCAGGUGACAUACGCAAUGACUUAUACCUGACGUUAGAAAAGGGAGACUUUGAAAGAGGUGGGAAGAGUGUGCAGAAGAACAUUGAAGUCACCAUGUAUGUGCUCUAUGCAGAUGGAGAAAUCUUGAAGGACUGCAUCAGCCUGGGCUCAGGAGAGCCAAGCAGGAGUGCAUACCACUCUUUUGUCCUUUACCACAAUAACAGCCCUCGGUGGGGGGAAAUCAUCAAGUUGCCCAUCCCUAUAGACAGGUUCCGUGGGUCUCACCUCCGGUUUGAGUUCAGACAUUGCUCCACUAAAGACAAGGGAGAAAAGAAGCUCUUUGGUUUUGCAUUCACUCCACUGAUGAGAGAUGAUGGCACUACCUUGUCAGAUGACAUCCACGAGCUUUAUGUUUAUAAGUGUGAUGAGAACAGCACAUUUAACAAUCACGCGCUGUACCUGGGGCUGCCUUGCUGCAAAGAGGACUACAACGGCUGCCCCAACAUCCCUUCCAGCCUCAUUUUCCAGCGCAGCACCAAAGAGACCUUUUCAGUCUCCACACAGCUCUCCUCUACCAAACUGACCCAGAAUGUGGAUUUGCUUGCCCUCCUGAAAUGGAAAGCUUACCCAGAUCGUGUGAUGGACAUUCUAGGAAGACUGAGACAUGUCAGUGGCGAGGAAAUUGUUAAGUUCUUACAAGAUAUUCUCGACACGCUGUUUGUAGUUUUGGAUGACAACACAGAAAAGUAUGGUCUGCUGGUCUUCCAGUCUUUGGUAUUCAUCAUCAAUCUGCUGCGUGACAGCAAGUAUUUCCAUUUUCGACCCGUGAUGGACACUUACAUUCAGAAGCACUUUGCAGGAGCACUGGCUUACAAAGAACUGAUCCGAUGUUUGAAGUGGUACAUGGACCGUUCAGCUGAGCUUGUACGCCAGGACCACAUCCAGGAGGCUAUGAGAGCCUUGGAAUAUCUUUUCAAGUUCAUUGUCCAAUCUCGGAUCCUUUACUCCAGAGCUACUUGUGGAAUGGAGGAGGAACAGUUCCGCUCCAGCAUCCAGGAGCUUUUCCAGUCCAUCAGAUUUGUGCUCAGCUUGGACAGCAGGAGCUCUGAGACUCUCAUCUUCACACAGGCCUCUCAGCCUGGAGGGCAGGCGAGCGGAGCUGGGACAUGUGCCCCACAAAAAUGUGGCGGUACUUCAAGGCCAUCAUUUAAUUCUGCUGCUCUGCUGAACUCCUUCCCUGCUAUCUUUGAUGAGCUGCUGCAGAUGUUCACUGUGCAGGAAGUUGCAGAGUUCGUGAGGGGCACUCUGGGCAGCAUGCCCAGCACAGUGCACAUCGGGCAGUCCAUGGAUGUCGUCAAGCUGCAGUCCAUCGCGCGCACUGUUGACAGCCGUCUCUUCUCUUUCUCAGAGUCCCGGCGCAUCCUGCUACCUGUCGUUCUUCACCACAUUCACCUUCACCUACGACAGCAGAAGGAGCUACUUAUCUGCUCUGGGAUCCUCAGUAGUAUCUUCUCCAUAAUCAAGACCAGCUCUUUGGAGGGAGAUGUCGUGGAGGAGGUUGAGAUGAUGGUGGAGAGCCUCCUGGAUGUGCUUUUACAAACUCUGCUUACAAUCAUGAGUAAAUCGCAGUCUCAGGAGGCGGUAAGAGGGCAGCGUUGCCCGCAGUGCACAGCAGAAAUCACUGGAGAAUAUGUCUCCUGCCUUUUAUCUUUGCUUCGUCAGAUGUCAGACACUCAUUUCCAGCACUUACUGGACAACUUCCAAAGCAAGGAUGAACUAAAGGAGUUCCUGCUGAAGAUCUUCUGUGUGUUUCGGAACCUGAUGAAAAUGAGUGUCUUUCCUCGAGACUGGAUGGUGAUGAGGUUGCUCACCAGCAAUAUCAUAGUCACAACAGUUCAGUACCUGUCUUCUGCACUGCAUAAGAAUUUCACAGAAGCCGACUUUGAUUUUAAGGUGUGGAACUCCUAUUUCAGCCUGGCAGUUUUGUUUAUAAACCAGCCCAGUCUCCAACUAGAAAAUGCCACACCAGCUAAGAGGAAGAAGAUUCUGGAUAAAUAUGGUGAUAUGAGAGUGAUGAUGGCAUAUGAACUCUUCAGCAUGUGGCAGAACCUGGGUGAACACAAGAUUCACUUUAUUCCUGGAAUGAUUGGACCCUUCCUUGGUGUUACUCUUGUUCCUCAACCAGAAGUUCGGAAUAUCAUGAUCCCUAUUUUCCAUGACAUGAUGGACUGGGAGCAGAGGAAGAACGGCAACUUCAAACAGGUGGAAGCUGAGCUGAUCGACAAGCUGGACAGCCUGGUGUCUGAAGGAAAAGGUGAUGAGAACUACAGGGAGCUCUUCAGCCUGCUAACCCAGCUCUUUGGGCCUUAUCCCAGCCUGCUGGAGAAGAUUGAGCAGGAGACAUGGCGGGAGACCGGAAUCUCUUUUGUCACAUCAGUUACCCGUCUCAUGGAGCGCCUGCUUGACUAUAGGGACUGUAUGAAAGGAGAUGAGACAGAAAACAAGAAAAUUGGCUGCACUGUUAACCUUAUGAAUUUCUAUAAAUCUGAGAUCAACAAGGAGGAGAUGUACAUCCGCUACAUCCACAAGCUGUGUGACAUGCACUUACAGGCCGAGAACUACACAGAGGCUGCUUUUACUUUGCUUUUGUACUGUGAGUUGCUUCAGUGGGAGGACAGACCUCUGAGAGAGUUCCUGCAUUAUCCAUCUCAGUCAGAGUGGCAACGUAAGGAAGGUCUGUGCCGUAAGAUUAUCCAUUACUUCAACAAAGGGAAGAGCUGGGAGUUUGGAAUCCCACUGUGCCGAGAACUGGCCCUACAGUAUGAGAGUCUCUAUGAUUACCAGAGCCUUAGCUGGAUUCGAAAAAUGGAAGCUACCUAUUAUGAUAACAUCAUGGAACAGCAGCGCUUAGAACCUGAGUUUUUCAGAGUUGGGUUUUAUGGCCGGAAGUUCCCCUUCUUCCUGCGGAACAAAGAGUAUGUAUGUCGGGGCCACGACUAUGAGAGGCUGGAAGCCUUCCAGCAGAGGAUGCUAAGCGAGUUCCCACAAGCCAUUGCAAUGCAGCAUCCAAACCACCCAGAUGAUUCUAUAUUGCAGUGUGAUGCCCAGUAUUUACAGAUCUAUGCAGUGACUCCCAUCCCAGAAAACAUCGACGUGCUGCAAAUGGAUCGUGUCCCUGACCGCAUAAAGAGCUUUUACCGAGUCAACAACAUCCGCAAGUUCCGCUAUGACAGACCCUUCCACAAAGGCCCCAAGGACAAGGAGAACGAAUUCAAGAGCUUGUGGAUUGAACGUACCACUCUGACCUUGACUCACAGUUUGCCUGGGAUCUCUCGUUGGUUUGAAGUGGAGAGAAGAGAACUGGUUGAAGUAAGUCCUUUGGAAAAUGCCAUUCAAGUGGUUGAGAACAAAAACCAGGAGCUGAGAACGCUGAUAAGCCAGUACCAGCAUAAACAAAUGCAUGGCAACAUCAAUCUUCUCAGCAUGUGUCUGAAUGGAGUGAUUGAUGCAGCUGUUAACGGGGGAAUUGCACGAUACCAGGAGGCCUUUUUUGAUAAAGACUAUAUCACAAAGCACCCUGGAGAUGCAGAGAAGAUUACACAGCUCAAGGAACUCAUGCAGGAACAGGUACAUGUCUUAGGAGUGGGUCUGGCGGUCCAUGAGAAAUUUGUACACCCAGAAAUGCGUCCCUUGCAUAAGAAACUGAUAGACCAGUUCCAGAUGAUGCGAUCCAGUCUGUACCACGAGUUACCUGGCUUGGAUAAGCUGAGUCCAGCCUGUUCUGGCACUAGUACACCACGCAGCAAUGUGCUGGUUUCACAUGGACCUAUGAGCCCAGAGAGCAUGAAGCUGAUGCAUCGACACAGCCCACUGAACAUGCUUGGUUCAGUCCGACACUCAUCGUCCUCUCUGUCGUCCCACACCUCCAGUGAAACAGGAAACCUGGUUAUCCUGACAGACAGCUCUGUGGGGGAGACCGCUGAGGACAUGUACCACAUGCAGGCUAGCCCUUCCACCUCAAGCCUGAGCUCUACUCACUCGGCACCGUCCCAGAUGAUUAACUCUGCCCCUCCCAGUGCUCGAGUGCUGAUGAAAGGUGCUGGAUUGACAACACUGGAGGCUGAAGCCCUCUAUUUACCCACAGAACAGAUACACCAUGGGCGGCAGUUGUGCAAGCUUCCUCACGCUGCCCCCACCAAUGUGCCUCAUCUCUGUCCUGGAGGGACCACCUCUAGAGGCUCUCCCUCUCUACCAGAUAAGUACCGCCACUCUCGGGAGAUGAUGAUGCUGCUGCCAGCCCAUCGAGACCGACCCAGCAGUGCCAUGUAUCCCGCAGCUAUCAUAGAAAAUGGACAGCCUCCAAAUUUCCAGCGCGCCUUGAUCCAGCAAAUGAUUGGACCAUGCAAACCUUGCAGUGAUCCCAACCUGUCUGUGGCUGAGAAAGCUGUGCCAGCAGCGCCCAGUAGCUGGAGCCUAGACAGCGGAACCAGAGAGGCGCUGCCAUUCCUGUCUGCCCACGUUGGGAGCAUCUUGGCCCCACCAGUGCCUCCCCGAAGCCUCCCCCAUGGACACUACUCACUGCACUUCGAUGCCUUCCAUCACCAGCUCAGUGAUGCUCCUCCAGCACUGCCUGCACGAACGUUGCGCAAGUCCCCUCUUCAUCCUAUCCCUGCCUCACCCACCAGCCCGCAGUCUGGUCUAGAUGGAAGCAACUCCACUUUAUCUGGCAGUGCAAGCAGUGGUGUCUCUUCCUUGAGUGAGAGCAAUUUUGGACAUUCUUCUGAACCACCUCCUCGCACAGACACCAUGGAUUCUGUCCCCAGCCAGGCCUGGAACACUGAUGAAGAUCUAGAGACACCCUACCUCCCUGUCAGGUACAGUCUCUCUGAGCCUGAUGUCCUAGAGUCACUCAAAUCCCAGCCAUGCCGAAGCCACUCUGCUCCAUCUGGAGUCAUUCCUCAGGACACCAUGGACCCUCCUGCUCUACCCCCCAAACCUUACCACUCUCGGCUGCCAAACAUGGAGAACGAGGAGGGGAUGAUCAUUGAGGAUGAUGACAAACACCGCCCGUUGCAUCGUAAAGUGUCCCAACCAGUGAGCGGUGGGAAGGAGGAGCAGGCCAGGGUAGCAUGGGAGCAUGGCAUCAGUGAGCAGUAGGGACGGCUCCUGGUAAGCAGCUUGCAUCAUCAUUCCAGGUCCGAGUGCAGAGGAGAGAGGUGAGGACUCGGAGAACAGCAAACCGAUUUUCUACUGCCGCAAGUGUAUGUCUGGAGCCCAUGAAAGCAACUGGGCCAGCAUGGGAGGUUGCUGCUUUCCUUUUUAAUUUCUUUUUACUCCUUUCUGUUAUGUUUUUUAACUUUCUGUGCAGUGGACAGUUUACUCCUGCAGUUUCUUAACCAGAUCGUAUGGCACACAAGCCAUAGGGGCUUGCAGAAGCUGAAAGAUACAGUUUGAAGUGGAGAGGGAAGAAGGGGGGAAUGCGGCAAGUUGAUUUUGAAACUGCUUUCCUCCCUGUUCUGAGACGCACAUGAGUAGAAGCACUUGCACUAGGGACAUAUUUCUUUGUUGUACAGAAGUGAAAGCUCAUUGCUGAAAUCAGGGAUUCUAUGAACUGUCAGGCUGGAAGGCACAUGAGCUGCAGGCAGUGGCAAGAUGGCAAUUCUAAGAAGAAAUUGGCUCUUUUGAGAGCAGGAUUGUACAUAUCUGUGCAGUGAUCUCCCUGCAUUGGUUCAUAGGUGCUGAGGCAAUCUAACCAGUGCUGAUGCACUGGUUUCCAAGGUAUCAUUUCCAACACACUCUGCCUCCUUUGUUUUUUAUGUACUGUUUGAUUUCUUAAAUUUUGCUUUCACUGGCUAAACCAAGCUGCUUUCUCAUUGGAAUCAUAUGCUAUUCAUCUGUGCUACAGAAUGAGAGGGGUUAGUAGCCAUUGGAGCUACAACCUAAUUGUAGGCCUUUCCCAUGCCCAGUUUUGGGCAGGCUGUUGACACCAGCAUUUCUAUUCCAGUUUAAAAGAACAAACACAUCAACAACCAAAUUGAGUUUCUCGUGCUAUAGCUGGUUGAUGACCCAGCCAGUAGAGAAAAGGUGGCUUAAAUGCAUCAUAUCCAAGAAUCCUUGCCUCAGGGCUGAACAUCACAAUUCUCACCACCUUCCAUCCCCCAGGAGCUGAGAUUCAUUCCCCGUCAACAUCCUCAGUCCCUCCCAAACACUCACUGCAGCUGGUGUGCAGGGGGAGUCUCCAUCUCUCACAGCAGACAGAAAACACCACAAUUCAAGAAAUGCCCAGUUUAUAGUGUACACCCUAAAGUCAGGGAUCUUAAAGGCAACCUGUAAAGAAGAAAUGUUUGUUUCCUCUUUUGCUCCUUUAGGAUGUAUAAAGAAGCUUUAAGAGAGCUGCUGCUUCUCUCUUGGAAGGUUGAUUACUUUUCUCCUCAGACAGCAAUACAGUCUUGUCCCCACCCCCAAGUCUUUUUUUUUAUUGACAGGCUCCAGAGAAGGCUGAAGGACAUGGUGGGGAGAGGGGGAAGAAAGAGGACAGUGCAGGGGUGAAGACAGUACAAGUCUGUGAACACAAAACAAGCCUUUUAAUCAGUAUUUGUUUAGUUCAGUACAUGAGAAACUAGGAAAAAAACACCUGUGAUUACCAGUAGAGAGACAAGAUCUGUUCCUUGGAAAUAACACUAAACAACCCUUUAUUCCUCUUUUCAGAAUUUCCAAGACAUUUCAAUGAAGAAAGUAUCAAAUAUUUAACAUUGUUAGACAAACAAAUUCCUUCACCUUGCCAUGCCCAUACAUAUUUUAGCCUUCUUUAGAACCCUCUCUGCCUGCAGACUGCAAAGCACACUCCAGGGGAUGGGAACAGGCCCCCCCUCCUCCUUACCACUGGAAAAUGUGAAGCACAUUCAAGUGAGACUUACCUCCAUAUAAAUUAGUGUCAGAAACAGAACUAGCACUCACCUUUCAUACUGAAUUCUUGCCCUAACCACACAGUUUAUCAUGCUACAAACAGCAUAAAGAAGCAAAAAAGGACAUCCUAAUUUUUACAGGUCACCUUUAGCACUACCUCUAAAUACAGAGACUGGGCAGAGUACAUUGCUUCUGAACUAUCCUAAAGAGUGUCUGUCUGUACAAAUUCUGGACUCAGUGAUUGUAUGAAGGGGAUUUUAAGAGGAUUUGUUUUGUUUCUUUCUCAAGCUCUAGCCCAUGCAAAACUAGUUUAUGAAUUUGUUUCUUAAAUGGCCUAUUUGGCUGGAACAAAGUCUCUCUUGCUUCCUCUACUUUGUUACUAACACAGGCUGCUUGUAAUCAUUAUAUCUUUCACAAUUAAGACAUUGAUAAUAAAACCUGGCCUAUAGGGUUUCAUGCUUCAUCUCUAGCAGGAAGGAAAGUUAUCCAAUGCUAGGACAGUCCUAAAUGUUAAUGAACCAAGAUGGAUCUCUGCUAUAGAACACAAGUAUGAAAACUCAACUCAAAAUGAUGUUUUUGGUAAAGGUAAGUCAAGGUAAUUCCUCAGAAGUGAGUGAAAUAUUUUCACAUGUGCUAUUCUCCAUUCUGACUGAGACUCCUCAAGUGAAGCUUUUAAGAGAACAAAGUACUCAGUUCCUUCACCCCUGCCCCCUCUUUCAGUUUUAUUCUGGCCAGAAGAUUAAAAGUAGUAAAUGACUUAGCUUCCUUAGUGUAAAGAAACAGCAGGUCUUACAAGUAAAACUUUGCAAAACCAAGAGUGCAACUAACAUGGGGUUAAGUCCCUGUCAGCUGUAAAGCCUGCCCACUAGCGUUCUGCUCAGUCUCUGAAAAGGUAUCAUCCUGCUCUAGUACAAUGCACAAUGUCUGAGACACUGUACAACAGCAGCGAGCCCAUUUUGGGAGCCUGACAAUACCAAUAAUCUGUAUUGGUAUGGGUUUGGGUUUGAAGAUUGAUCAGAUGAUGGAUACAAAUACCCAGUUCAUAGCAGGUCCACACAGAGAAUGGCAGAAUAAAUUUACCAAAGCCUCUCUGGAAUUUUAUUUCUGUUACUGUUCUGGUAUCUACCAAGUAUUCUGUCUCCCUUUUCAGUGCUUGCCUUAAAGAGGGCAGAAGACAGAAAGACUAUGAUUAAGACUUUGUGAAUGCUGGAACUAAUUCUUCUCUGUAGGUGAGGUGUCUUAUAGCAAGUACAGCUCCAACAUCAAGAUCAGUCAUGGAGCAGGUGGAAGCAACAGUAGUUGUUGCACUUGCCCAGCAGGAUUUGAAGAUUCCUUGUGUAAACCACAGCAACAGGAGGUUUUGAACAGGACCUUGUCAAUCUAUACUUAACUCUAAUUCAGACUUAAAAUGUACUUGCCUUCAUUGGGUUUUCUUUGUGUAACAAAAGAGCAUGUGCAUUCCUGAGAAAAUCAGUGGGAUUCUGCUACAAGUCUCUCCAUCGUCAGUGCACCUGCUGGCCCCAUCUGAAACAAAACUGAGAAGGAGCUACAGUAGUAGAAGAAAAGCAAUUAAAACUAUUUAUCUCAAUCCUACAAUUUUUGUUUUAAACGAUUGGAUUGGUUUUAUUACUGUCUGCAGAACUAAGAUUCUUUCCCGUCUUCUCCUCUGUUUGAUUUUUAGCUUACUUUACCCCUUUUUUUUAGGUAAGGGAUAUUGCAUAUCCCUUCUGUGGGAGAAUCAGCCAAAACUGGGGAGGCUGGAGAGAGCAAGAGCCUUUGGGAAACAAAUUAUGUGAUAUUUAAAAUUUCCUCUGAUCAUGCUUCUUUGUAAAUACCCCCAUCUGAAUGCUGUGUAUUUGUACAGGAAAUUGAGCAAAAAAUGUAUAGAUUGUGAUGUCUGACUGGUAUUCUGCCCUGUAAAUGUGUUUUUAACCUCUGGCAUUCUGUGCUUAUUUAAAAAAAGGCAAAAACCUCUAACCACUUCUCUUUUGUGUAUUCAUGUUUAAAACAAAAUGAAAACAGCUAUCUUAUCUAUAAUGGAAAUCAAAUUUAAAAGGAAGAAAAUUUGUACAAGUGUCCUAAAGGUACUUCAUUGUAUAUAUUGUGAUAGCAUGUUUCCAGAACCAACAAAUAAGUGGUGUGAAUUUUAGAUGUAAAUAUCUGCUGUUUGUUUGGGGUUCCUUUCCCUGACCCAUUCACUCGACUGCUGUGAUGUGGAAUUAAAGAUUAAUACCUGAUAUUAAAAUA